GCUUUAAACCCCACAUGGUCAUAGCUUGCUUCUACGUUGACCAAGGCUAUGGCAAUAUGUGAUCGAUGCUUCAAAGUCCUUAAUUUGUUUUCUUCUUUGAUGCCGGAUUUCUUGCCCCCUCUAAAUCUUUAGGCAGUUUAGGCACAAAAUGGACGCAGUUACGCGACCGCACUUUUAUCAUCACAGCAACCCCGGCCGUGAAGACGAGAAGCAGCGAUGCCAUUUUUGUCAAAUUCGCUCGUUCACGACGCAUGUCCAGUUUCCUGUCACCAUUGUAAACACUGAAGACGAUGCUGCGCUCGAUCCCGACUUCCGGUUUGUAGAUAACUCAAUCAUUGGCAAAGGUGUGGAGCCUACUAAGAAGGAAUUCCUCACCGGCUGUGAAUGUGUGGACUCGGACGACUGCCAAUAUGGCACAUGUAAUUGCCUCCAGGAUGUUGAGGACGAUAGUUCUGAUGACGGAAGCGUUGACGGAACCUACGGCGAGAAACCCCGUAAGAGAGUUUAUGCAUAUCACUCGCAUGGUACCAAGGCUGGCCAUCUACGUUCAAGGAUUCUUGCAUCUCGUAAUCCCAUCUACGAAUGCCACGAAAGUUGCGCGUGCGGUCCCGAUUGUCCUAACCGGGUGGUGGAGAGAGGUCGCAAGAUACCAUUGCAGGUUUUUAGGACGAGAAAUCGCGGCUGGGGCGUCCGAAGCACGGUAGACAUAAAGAAGGGGCAGUUUGUAGAUAAGUAUAUGGGCGAGAUCAUCAUCGCACAUGAGGCUAACCGUCGACGCGCCAAAUCACACAUUGCACAACGCAAGGAUGUCUACCUCUUUGCGCUCGACAAAUUCUCAGAUCCAGAAUCAUACGACGAGCGUCUACGAGGACCGCCAUUAGAAGUAGAUGGCGAGUUCAUGUCGGGUCCAACCAGAUUCGUCAACCACUCUUGUCAGCCGAAUAUGCGCAUCUUCGCACGAGUGGGAGAUCAUGCGGACAAACACCUUCAUGAUCUAGCGUUAUUCGCGAUCAGGGAUAUACCAAGAGGAGAGGAACUGACGUUCGACUAUGUGGACGGGAUUGACGACUCAGAAAAUGAUGCCCUCGAUCCAGGAAAACAAAAGGACAUGACAAGAUGUUUGUGCGGCAGCGAGGAUUGCAGAGGCUAUCUAUGGUGAUUGAUGAGUGAGGGGCGACGAGCGAUGAGUGGGCGUAUCUAAUAAAGGACUGCGGAUUUGGUUGUAGACAAUGAAAGAGCAUUGUGAAAUAACUGGGAAUGCUUAGAUUUAUGUACGAACGGAUCCGUAAUACGAUAUAAAUCGACUACAUACAUAGAUACCUAGGUAAUACAUGAACAUCUCAAAAGAAAUUUA